CUAUGGGCCCUGAAACGUAACAUUGACAGCUCCUGGCGAGUUGCUCCUCGGGCUUCUUCUCUUCUACAGAUACCAGCCACCCUGUCGAUGAUGGAAACUCACCUCUGUCUCGUAUUCCUUCCACCCUCAAGGAAAUCUCUAGAAUCGAGAACCUCCUCCAUCGAAUCAACGAUUUCGACCCGAAGAUACUGAACCUACUUCAGACACUACAACCAUCUUUUGACCACCCUUUUGUCGCCCUCUCUUGAAAACCGUGGGCAAGUCAACUGCUGGUGGGAAACAAAGUGACGGCCAGCUCAAAAUGAUGCAGUGUCUCCUUAUACUUGGUUCUCAAUCGAAGCUCUCGGCUUCCUUGAAACGUGAAUCUGAUGAUACACGUGCACUGGAAGAUUUGGUCCAAAGAGACGAGGAGGAGUGGCUUCCGAGGGUGUACACAGAAGAGUAUAAGACUUUCCAAGGUGCAGAAUCAGACCACAGUAUCAGCUGGGAAGGACUCACCUCGGAGUUUGUGUCCGCCUUCCCUGGAGUCCUCCCGAAAGAAGCGGAAGCUCAAAAGACGCUAGCAUUUCAACUGCGCAGUCAGCUCUGGCACAAUCUUAAAUAGAUGAGCCAGCUCCCGGAUUGGCCUCAGAAGCCGUUCCUAAAACCACUACGACAAUUCAUGUGCGCAGAGCUCACGGGGGAGAUGAACGUUUGGUUGGUUCUUCGCGGCUCUGCUGUGAUUCCUUCUGGCGAUUUGACUGGUUUAAUACCGUGGAACAGACAUAACCGGGACUUGAAAUAGCUGGCGGAGAUUCUGGGCACUUCAUGUCUGUUUAGCAAACCUCUCACCGAUAAGAAGCUUACUGCGACAUCGCUUUAAGACUGUAUCCAGAAACUGGAGGUUUUAUUUUGUGGCUUAGGAAUUGAUUAUAUUAACUCGAGCGAAGCAACAUAUGUGGUGGCAUUUUACCUGUGCAAAGCGAAUGACGACGCCUUUAUCAGACAUUUUCGAAGUUUACCUUGCCUGUCGACCAUCGGCAGGGACCCCAGUUCCGAGCCUGGGAAAUGGCAGUAUCGAUGCGUUUUGGAAAAGCACGAGUCGUCAGUCACCCAAGACGAUCUCUUCAUAAACAAUCGGCGACCGACAUACUAUAAGGCCUUUGAAUCUCAGUCUCAAGCUCGUCAAUGCUGGGAAGACAUCGUUGGAAGGUCCCAACAACUUUUAGAUCAUCGCUGUCCAAGGCCUUUUCCGGGCAAUAUGAGCACGUCAGAUCGUCCUGAGGUUUUUGAGGCCGUCGAGCUCGUCCGAUCAUAUAUGCCCUGAAGAAAACAAUGAUGACAGAACCACCAGGAAAGUCAUCUGAAAUUACAAAAGUGGACGGAGAUUAACAAACUGAGUCAAGUCCCAGAGAAAGCUGCCAAAUAAUCAUUGGUGUCCAAAGGACUUGCUGUUAGUAGUAAAAGGAUCGUUCUCUUCAGAGUGUUAUCGACAAAGCUCGCAGGUAUUAAUUGUCUCUUUUCAGUCUCACUCGGUCACUCAUUCUACAACAGUGCUUGUGCGUGAUUUAAGUAAUACCAUCCCACAGAUCCUAUGACUAGGCAAAUCGAGACUUUAUGAACCGAUGAGGAUGGCUUCGACUGGAAUACUCCUUUCGCAUAUGUAAUAUUUUACUAACCUCAUUGUUGACAG